CCCCGCGUCGUCCCCAACGCCCGCCAGCCCGGCCCGCGCCAGCCAGUGCUUGAAAAAUAUUGUGCUGCCUCCUUCUGCCUACUGUGGUGUCUGAGGAGAGGCCUGCUGUCAUUUGAAUUGUUUUUCAGAACACCGGAGGCAAGGACGUGCAAUGGAGGCCUCGGUGAUAUUGCCCAUCCUGAAGAAGAAGCUGGCCUUCCUGUCAGGAGGAAAGGACAGACGCAGUGGACUCAUCUUGACAAUUCCGUUAUGCCUUGAACAGACAAAUAUGGAUGAGCUGAGCGUCACUUUGGACUAUCUACUCAGCAUUCCAAGUGAGAAAUGUAAGGCCAGAGGAUUCACUGUGAUCGUGGAUGGCAGGAAGUCUCAGUGGAAUGUGGUGAAGACAGUCGUCUUAAUGCUGCAGAAUGUUGUUCCAGCCGAGGUAUCCCUUGUUUGUGUAGUGAAGCCAGAUGAAUUCUGGGAUAAGAAAGUAACACAUUUUUGUUUUUGGAAAGAAAAGGAUAGACUUGGCUUUGAGGUUAUUUUAGUGUCUGCCAAUAAGUUGACACGUUACAUAGAGCCAUGCCAGUUAACAGAAGACUUUGGUGGGAGUCUCACCUAUGAUCACAUGGACUGGCUAAAUAAGAGGCUGGUCUUUGAGAAGUUUACAAAGGAGUCUACAUCAUUGCUAGAUGAACUUGCUCUGAUUAACAAUGGAAGCGAUAAGGGGAAUGAGCAGGAGAAAGAAAGGUCUGUGGAUUUAAACUUUCUUCCAUCUGUUGAUCCUGAGACGGUUCUUCAGACAGGGCAUGAGUUGUUAUCUGAAUUACAGCAGCGUCGGUUCAAUGGCUCCGAUGGAGGGGUCUCGUGGUCUCCUAUGGAUGAUGAACUGCUGGCACAGCCACAGGUUAUGAAGUUGUUAGACUCUCUCCGGGAGCAGUACACCCGCUACCAGGAAGUCUGCAGGCAGCGCAGUAAGCGCACACAGUUAGAGGAGAUUCAGCAGAAGGUGAUGCAGGUUGUGAACUGGCUUGAAGGGCCUGGAUCUGAGCAACUGAGAGCACAGUGGGGCAUUGGCGACUCCAUCAGGGCUUCCCAGGCCCUGCAACAGAAGCAUGAGGAGAUCGAGAGCCAGCACAGUGAGUGGUUUGCAGUGUAUGUGGAGCUUAAUCAGCAGAUUGCAGCACUCUUAAACGCUGGAGAUGAGGAAGAUCUUGUGGAGUUGAAGUCUCUACAGCAACAGCUUAGCGACGUCUGCUAUCGACAGGCCAGUCAGCUAGAAUUUAGGCAAAACCUCCUGCAGGCAGCUUUGGAAUUUCAUGGUGUGGCCCAAGAUUUGUCUCAGCAGUUGGACGGCUUAUUAGGGAUGUUGUGCGUAGACGUAGCACCAGCUGAUGGAGCAUCGAUUCAGCAGACUUUAAAACUGCUUGAAGAGAAGCUGAAAAGUGUUGAUGUGGGAUUGCAAGGCUUACGAGAAAAAGGUCAAGGUCUCCUGGAUCAGAUCUCCAAUCAGGCUUCCUGGGCCUAUGGAAAGGAUGUUACUAUUGAAAAUAAAGAAAACGUGGACCACAUACAAGGAGUGAUGGAAGACAUGCAACUUAGGAAACAAAGAUGUGAGGACAUGGUAGAUGUGCGGAGGCUGAAGAUGCUUCAGAUGGUGCAGUUGUUUAAAUGUGAAGAGGAUGCUUCACAGGCGGUAGAAUGGCUAAGUGAACUUCUGGAUGCCCUGCUGAAGACACACAUCAGGUUGGGUGACGAUGCUCAGGAGACAAAGGUUUUACUGGAAAAACACAGAAAAUUUGUCGAUGUUGCACAGAGCACUUACGACUAUGGCAGACAGCUGCUGCAGGCCACAGUUGUGCUCUGUCAGUCUCUGCGCUGUACUUCCCGGUCCUCAGGAGACACACUUCCUCGACUGAACAGAGUGUGGAAGCAGUUCACAGUAGCAUCUGAAGAGAGAGUGCAUAGGUUGGAAAUGGCUAUUGCCUUUCACUCAAAUGCUGAAAAGAUUUUGCAAGACUGCCCAGAAGAGCCUGAAGCGAUGAAUGAUGAGGAGCAGUUUGAGGAAAUCGAAGCAAUUGGAAAAUCACUUCUGGAUAGACUCACUAUCCCCGUGGUUUACCCCGAUGGAACUGAACAAUAUUUUGGGAGUCCAAGUGACAUGGCUUCUACUGCAGAACACAUCAGAGACAGAAUGAAAUUGGUCAGUCUCAAAAGGCAGCAGCUGAGACAUCCUGAAUUGGUGACCACGGAGAGCUAAUGUCCCCAGCUCCCACAGAUCUACAGGUCAUAUGCCCAGACAUCUUUGCUGUUGGCAUACUACGGGGUUAGCCACAGCUCAUUAAGAUGCUAUUCACAGCAGGAUAAGCCUUCUUUCUUCCCACAACACGUCUCUCUCUAAAUGCUAACAUUUCUUGACUACCAAGGCAUAAUCACAUAACAUGCUUUGAGACUGUAGACUCCUGGUAUCAUAAAAGAAGGAACCGUAACCACCGCACUGAGUUCUUGCUUUCACGCUGUACCUGACUUGUCAGUUUGUAGACGAACAACCAAUACUAAGCUUUGAAUGGUGCUAAUCAGAGUUUAGGAAUUCUCUAUAAAACAUGGCUGCCCUUCUUCCCCAGGUGAUGUAGGAUAUUUAGACCAUAGUUAGACUGUUAGUGAAUAGUGGUGUCCUCAAAGUUUUACUUUGUAAUUCUUUAAAAUUGAUUAUUUUUAUUGUCUAUAUGAAGAAAACCCUUCAGAUCUUUGAUAUAUCAUAUUCACUGAAAGACAUUUUCCUAUUGUAUUCAUAAUGUAUUAAAAGUUGUUUGUGCUUAAUAAAAAUCUUCUUUAAACCUCUUAUUUAAUUUGGUAGUUACAUCCUGAUUCUAAACACGAGUGCCUUACUAAAAGGGCAUUCUUAGGAUUGUAAGGACGGGUUAAUCAUUGUUUUUAAUGGUGGAUGCAUGUAUUUUAGGCAAGAAUUUCAUAUGUAUGCAUGUGUAUAUAAUAAAAAACAAGCAUGUUUAUUGUGAAGAACAAUUUAGACCUUUAAGAACAUAACAAUAGAAUACUAUUUUAAAUUUUUCUCUUGAAAAAUGGUGUCCGAAAUAUUAACUACCCUGAAGACACUUUGUCUGUGGGGAAGGAGGGCUGAAGAUGAAGGUAUGCAUACUUACUUCAAUGUAAUCUUUUAUAUCACAGUAAUCACUCUGGAACUAAAGCAGAAAUUAUUAAUAAUAUUUAAUAUCUCAUGAUACUAGAGGCAAAAAUCAUCCUGAAGUAUAGUCACAGAAACUGUACAGAUCUUUAGAAAUAAAAUUUGUCAUAAAAUAGUAAUGCUUUUAUGUUUGUAUUAAGUUAUAAAAUGUAUAUAAUUUAACAUUGUGUUAAUUUUAAUUUUAGAAUAUAUUUUAGGGUAAAAAAUAACUGGGCUUAUCAGUACAAAAUUAUGCAAAGAAUUGUAUGCUGGUUUAUUUUUCCAGUCUGUGGAGACACUCAUGUACCUUCCUAUGCUAAAGCCAGUUUCUCCAGCCUUCUUCUCUACCAGCCUUGAUGAAUUCCAUCCAUCCUCAUCCUUCACUCUCUGACACCUUUCAGUCAGCUUUACACCUCACUUUACAGGAAACUGUCCUUUUGAAAAUCAGCCAUAGUCUUCUGGUUACCGAAUUGAAUGUUUUUGCUCUCUGAUACAUCACCUGUCUUCUCUCGUUUCUAGUAUCUCUUCCGAACAGUGUUCCAUCCCUCAGUGAUACACUCUGCUACCAUGUGAAGGCGCAUUUAGGACUCAUUUAAAAUAUGUCUGUUGUACAUGCGCAUUGUGCUGCUGUCCUCAGCUUUGUCUCAUCAGGCAUCCCAUCCCUAGUGUCCUGCAUUUCAUGUCUUAGCUGAAAUGCAUGGCUUUCAGCUGACUCCCUGUCAUUUCCUCCUAAAUGAAAGACUUAUCAUACUUGCUUUUCUUCCUGGAGUAGUUUUGAUUAAUGGUGCCACAAUGUCCAGGGCAAAAUCCAGCUGCUCUCCAUGACUUUACACUGCCUCUGAGACCAUGCAGAAGUUCUUUCUGUACUUGAUAACCCUCUUUGAGGGAUUUCCUCCUGUGCUUAGGGGUUUCUGUGAUUCUUUCUUCAGUCUUCAUGACGGUGCUAACCCUUUCCUGUUACGCCAUAAGGUCCUUUUGGGAGCUGACUCUUGUCCCACAUGUAUUGUGUUGUUACACACUUUUCCUUGUGUGUAACAUGCUCAGUCCCACACCUGUGUUCCUUUGUAAGAAUUAGUAGUUAUCUCUCCACUACUGUAGUCUGAGGUGUAUUUAAACACUGUUUGUUUGUUUUUUCCCCUAGAGUUAGGACUGACUUGUAAAUCUGCAUCCAUAGAAUGUGUCUGAUGUUUUAGAUCCUUAGACAUGUAACUUUUAGAUGUUUGUUUCUUUAUAUUCAGUAUCUAUUUCUUUUUACUGCAUUUCAGCAUUGUCAGUAUUUUUAUUUGACUUGGUAAUUAUGCCAUCAGCUCAUGGAUGCAUAAAUCAAAGGAGUUAAUUUUCAUAUACCUUAAGUCCUCUUUCUUGCAAAAAAUGAAGUAAGACAAAACAUGGAAAUGCCAUAUAUGACUUGAAUAGUCAAAUGAAGCUAGAUAUGCAGAAGGAACAUAGUUUCUCUUCUUUGGCAAAUGUGGACCCCUUUCUCUGCAUGUAUCUUUAUACAAGAGUUAUGAAUAAAAACCCAGCAAUGCCCAAAACUGACUUUCCUCAUGUGGUCACAGUUCAGUUAGAGGACAGAUGAAGGAGGUGACUUCAGUUUGUUUGAAACCUCAGCCUUUGUUAUAUUAAUACUCACAUUGACAUUGACCUACAAAUGACAUUAAAAAGAAAUACUUCCUUUUUACUGGUUCAAUGCAGCAGCCACCUGCAUUAUUUUAGUCCUUCCUGGAGGUUGACUGACAUGUUAGCUGGGUAACUUUUGUGUCUGGCUUUUUUUUUUUUUUUUUUUUUUGCCUAUGCCUAUCUUUGUUCCUGUGUAAACUUAGCAGACAAUGGCAAUUUGAUGUCUUUUCUUAGUACAUUUCUGACUCGGCAGAGCUCUGAUGCAAAGACGAUAACUUCCUUUGAGACCAGUUUGGCUGCAUUCCCAGUUCUCAUCGUUUUGACCUUGUUUUACAGGGGAGUCAUUAGUGAUAUUGGUGAGAGCUCAGCCUGUUAGCUGCCAUUCAGUCCAGGAGCCUGGGCUGGAUCUCAUACUUGACUGCGAUUAAAAGUGGCCCGGGAAUGUUACCUACUCGUAAUGUGUCCGUCACUGCAUUACUCUCCAUUGAUGUAUGGUAUGCCGUUAGUAUAGUGACGUAUUCUCAGUGAGAACAUGACAAGUUGCUAAGCACAUCUUAUUUUCUCCUCUAACCCCUUUGCAUGUGUGGUAUGCUUACUAGGCUGGGUGAAUGCAUCCCACUGCACAGUAGACUUUGGUAGAGACCAUCAGCCUUCUUCCAUUUGCUAGAAGUACUUGUCAGAAGAGGUUGUGGGUUCUUAAGCAUGUCUCGCAUCCUACCCAAAGCACACUGAGUCAUAAUAAAAACACGAUGCUAAGAACUAAAGAUACCAUAGCUGAUGCUAUGAGUUUGUAGAGAAGGUAUAGGCUGAAAUAAGUAUCCAUAAAUAGGCUAUUAUCCAUAAUAAGACUUGUGCAAUGGUGCUAUCUUUGAUUAAGCACCCAAAGGAAAAGCGUUCCAGGAUUUAAAAAGAUGGUGGGAAGAAAGCCAAACGGCACCAAUAUUAACUUUCAAUUCUAGACAUAAACAUUGUUGCUUGAGAGCAGAAAGUAUUUUCUUACAUGUAGCCAAUAAAUAUCUUGGUGGAAUCAAGUGAAUACCAUUUGACACUUCUUGAUUUCUCAGAAUCACUAUAUGUCAAUGAAUAUCGCCGAGACUCUAAAAUAUGAAAUGUGUAAAUCAUCAAUUUCAAUAACAAAAUGUAAUCAUUUACAGAAGUAUUGAAAACUCAAGGGUAAUAUACAGUGGAUAGUAUCAUUGCUAUAAUCUUUCAGGUAGAAAAUAGUAUUCUUUAAUCUUGCUCUGUCUCAAGUGACACUCGGGGAGUGGUAGAGAGGACACACUGUUUAUCUCCUCUGCUCCAUACCCUCUUUUUCACCCCUUCCCUUCACCUUUUUCCCUUCACCCCUAGUCUUUCACCCCUACCCUAGCUCACAAAGCCCUAUGCCCUUCAUCUCUACACUCUUCACCUCCACCCCCAUCUCACCAGUGGAUAAGGAAAUGUGCGUUACAUCCUGAGGGUGGAGCUGGUGCCCUCAUCAGUAUAAUGAAGCUUUAAAGCUGACAAAUACCCUGCUGUGGGAAGAUGUUAGAACAGUAAGAUAGAAGACAAGACACAAAUGGCAUCUAUGUUGUGUUUGACAGGGCAUGAGACAACUCCAUUUACUCCAUUAGUUAACAAGCCAAAGAAAGGUAUGGUUGGAGUGUAUUGAGAAAGGAACAAGCUAUAAAAAACAAGAGCAUACAUCUGAGGAUAUUUGUGGGAUCUCUCAGUACUGAGGUAAACAGGACUUGAGACAACCAUUAGUGCUGACUUUGGUUAGAGAAAAGGCAGUUUGACAGACUCCGGCAGUGAAAGACUGGUCCUGUAAUAGAGCUUAGACGUGAAGGUGUGCCAUGAGAGCACCACUUUGUGUUGGUGAUGCUCAGUAUGAGUUAAUGCUGCAGCAGUAGUUAAAAGCAAACUUGAGAAUAAACACUACUCUGUACACUCUAGGAAGAGGCAGAACCUGUGCUAGGACAUGUAGAUCUUCAAGAGAACAAGAAAGCCAGCACUGAAACUAAAUAUUUUGAAUGCUGGUGAAUAAGUGUUUCAUAGAUUCAUGAUUAUUUUUAUGAGAACUCUUAAUGAGACAAGAUGCAGUAUAUAAUUCUUGUGUGUCAUGAUACAGGAAUUCCAAACAUGGCUAAAAAUGGUUACUGUCAAGUAUCAAGAGCAGAGUUUCAAGAGUUUGAAGAGAGACAUGUGGAACAGUGUGUCCGACAGGGUGUUGCACUCUGAAGCUGGUUCCUACUGAAUCUUGAGGGAGCGUCUUAACAAGUGUUUACAAAUCCAAUGCAGAGUCCUCAGGGUGACUACAUAGGUCUGUCUCUCUUUGAAGGUUGAAGACUGCCUGUCCACUAUAUCACAUCUUUCAUCUCUUAUUUUCCUGACUGUUUUCGUUUAUAAGAUGGAGCUCUGACCAUUCUUAUGGUUGCUUAAUCUCUGAAGAGUGUAUCUGCAUCUUAGCUCAGGUGUUAGUUUUCUCAGCCAGUGAAGUUGCUCAGGGAACUACAUCAGGGUAGAUGUAGUUCUUCAGAGUUGUGAGAAGAUCUAAGUAUCACUUGGGCAGUUAAGAGUAGAUUUGGGAGCUGCAUUGCUCACCUAACACUCUGAAGAGAAACUUAAUUUUCUAAAUUGGCACAUAGAAGUAUUUGGUCAUUCAUGUUGGAAGAGUGUUUGGAGUGGGGGGGGGGGUAAAUGUCAAAACUUCUGUUUCCCAAAGUUUUACUAUAAAAAUUUUAAGUCUGUAAAACUUUAAAUAACUUCAUAGCAUCCUCAUCCUCGGUAUUAGUUACACUUGCAUUGCCACAUGCCGCUCCGUCUAUCCAGGUUAUUUUUUGAUGGAUCUGAAACUGCAGAUCUCUCCAUGCUUUCAUCUAAAUACCUUAGCAUGUUUCUCACUUGCAAGGGCUCCAUAUCUGCUUUCUUUUGGCAUAAGAUUGCAUUCAUGGAAUGGACAUACACAGACCAUUCCCAUGGUCUGUUUCAUAAUUACAUGGUGUGCUACAAAAAGAGACAUCUACCACUCUAGGAAGUUCCCCCUUCUCAUUCAUCACUGUCCCCAAAUGUCAAGCAUCGUUCUUCCUUUGUACUGUAAGUUAGAUUGUUUUACUUUUAGAACUUAUUUUAAUUAACUUCACACAUCAAGGCUUCUUUACGACUGUAAUAUUUGGGAGGUUUAUUCAUGGACUUGGUAUAUUAUUAAUUCAUCCCUAUUUUAUUGCUAAGUGUUGUCCCAGUGAUUGUAUAUUGCCACUUGCUUUCCCACUUUCCUGUUGGCUAACUGGGCUGUUUCUAGGACUGCCAGUUAUGAGCAAAGCUGCAAUGCUCGUUAUUAAGAACAUCUGUAUGAAUAUAGUUAUUUGUCUGUUCAUGAGUAAAUUCUUAGAAUUGCUGGCUUGCAGAGCGAUUUUAAAAAAGAAACUAUCAUUCUUUUUCCCCAGUAUGGUUGUUCUGUGCCCUGAUUUUUAUAUUUUGGGUGUGUAAAAAGUUGUAAACAAUUUUUCUGAUUCCCAUGUUGAAAUAGUAAAAGAAGUUGUGGGUAGAAAUGAUGUCACUCAUAUUUGAAUGUGGUUAGGUGGUAUUUGAGGAAAGGGAUGCUGUCUGUCACAAAACAGCUCCCCAGAGCGGUUCCUCAGACGUGAAAGUUUAGAAUUAGCUCCACUCUAUGAGAGGCUAGGCUCUCUAAGCAUGCUAAUUUAUUAGCUAGAAGAAACAGCACUAGCUCAAUUAUGUUACAUUUACCACCCACUUUCAGUAAGUAACAUAAGACACAUCACUGAGUUAAAUAAAGAACACUUUAUGAUGGAAGUAGAGGGGGCAGAAUAAAAUGCCAAGAACAUAUACAGGAGUCAGUUCCUGGUACCACAGCGUGAGAAAGACACCUAUGCAGGGAAGUGCCCAGUGUGGUCAGGAAAGCAGACAAUGGGAUGGGAAGAACUCUACCUCACAUUUUACAUAGCAGAUAGGUAUGUUUUGUAGACAUUCUAGCCUUUAAAUGUCAUAGUCUUUAUCUUUUCAGCCCAACUUUGUUAGUUUCAUACUUGGGUGACUUUUUUCUACCGUGUAUUAUCCUCAUAUUCUGUUCUAUUAGAUGAUAUUCACCUGUGAAAUUAUGAUCAUAUAUAUGGUUCCAAUACCCAUGUUCAAAUACCUGUGUGUGAUUUAUCUAACCUUUCCUAUAGGAUUUUUAAGGGCUGGGAAAUUUGGCUUCUACUGUAUAUCCUUAUAAUGUGCCCACAUUGUAAAUAUGCAAUAAAACCAUAAAAAUACAAUGGCAGCAGAUUUUCAUAUGUAUUUCUUUGCCAUGUUGUUAUUGGACAAGUUUGAUUUCUGUAAAUAAAGAUUGUUCAUAAAAUCUA